ACACAGUAUCAUAACUCAAGAUUUUAUUGCUAUUACAAAAAACAACCAUUGCCGGGCCUCAGAGAAGAUUGCAGGCCAAAAACAAUACAAGAAACCCAAAAAAAAAAAAAAAAAAAAAGGAGAGUGAGAGGUACCAAACAUUUAAACAAAAAACCAAAAACCCACGAAUGCGAAAUCGUAAGUACUUUGUUUAUUGUUAAUGUGAGAUUGGCUAUGGAAUCCACACUAAAAAAGCUCCUUUCUUUUCUCUCGAGCCAUCUUCGAUCUUUUGGUGGAUUUGUCAUUCUAGUAUUUGCUAAUUGAUUUUUAGAAGUUGAUUAUGGAGGAGACAAGCUCAGUUGAUGUGAUUUUGGACUUUCUGAAGAAAAAUCGCUUCACAAGAGCAGAGGCAGCAUUGCGCAGUGAGCUUAGUAACCUCCCUGAUGUGAAUGGAUUCCUUCAAAAACUUGCCCUUGAAGAUAAGAACUCGGGGAAGGCGGUGGAAGAAGAGAAUGGGGGCAAAUUAACCUGUCAUCCUCAGGGGUCAGGUCCUCAACAUGGUGAAAUUUCUAAGGAACUUAUUGUGAAAGAAAUAGAGUGUGGGGUGGAUAGAAAUGGGACUGAAAGCAAAUGGAAAAACUCUGCUUCUGCUGGGGAACGGGGUGGUAAAAAUAAUGAAGCAAUUGAUUCAGAGGAUACUGUGCUUGGUUUGUAUUCAUGGAACUUUAAUCCAAGCAAUGGUCCUUCUAAUCCAUACAAGAAUGAUGUUGGUACUAGCACCAGUAACUUCUCUGCUAGAGCAAAAGCCAAAUCUGGAGAAGAGUUUAUCUUAACUGGUGAAAAGAAAAGUUCAUGGCAUGGAAGCAAUAGGACCAGUGAUGCCAAUGCAGAAUCCAAGCAUAACAAAAUUGAAACGAAUGAAUUGAAGGAGCUUGAUUGGCAACUUAAAACUACUGUUGCAUUCUCUGCAGGUAACCCAUCGUCUCAGAAUGUGGAACCCGCAAAUUCUUCCUCAGACCUGUGGAAAGAUUGUUCUGUCAAGACUGUUUUUCCAUUCCCCAAGGGGGAGGCAUCGACCAGUUAUGAUGAUCCUAUUGCAAAUUCGGACAAAAGAGAUGGAAAGAAGAAAGCAGGUGCAAGUGAUCUUAGGGCAGCUAUCAAAGAACAGGUGGAUGAGGUUGGAAGAACUUUGUUCUUUGAAAAGUCACAAGGGAGCACAGAGCAGAAGAAUUUAAGUGGCUUAGGGUUUUCACUUGUAUCUGAUAUUCCAAAGGAGGAAUUUCCUAGGCUUCCACCAGUUAAACUCAAGUCAGAGGAUAAGCCAUCAAUCAAUUGGCAGGAAAAGUUUGAGCGUGAUGGGCCAAGUUCAAAGGUCAUCAGCGCUGAUAAUAGCUACCUUAUAGGUUCCUAUCUCGAUGUUCCUGUCGGACAAGAAAUCAAUUCUUCAGGUGGAAAAAGGAUUGCAGGAGGCAGCUGGCUAUCUGUAAGUCAGGGAAUUGCUGAGGAUGCAUCUGAUCUAGUUUCUGGUUUUGCUACUGUUGGUGAUGGAUUAAGUGAAUCCAUUGAUUAUCAAAAUGAGUAUUGGGAUUCUGAUGAAUAUGAUGACGAUGAUGAUGAUGGAUAUAUGAGACAACCUAUCGAGGACGAGGCCUGGUUUCUGGCACAUGAAAUUGAUUACCCAAGUGACAAUGAAAAGGGUGCUGGGCAUGGGAGCGUUCCAGAACCCCAGGAUAGAGUUCCAACCAAAGAUGAAGACGAUGAUCAAUCUUUUGCCGAGGAGGAUUCUUACUUCUCUGGUGAGCAGAUAUUUCAAGCAAAAACUGUUGAACCAGUCACAGCAUCAGAUGAUCCUAUAGGGUUAUCAGUGAUAGAUAUGUAUGGGACGAAUAAUGGGAGUGAUUUAAUAGCUCAAUAUGAUGGGCAGUUGAUGGAUGAAGAAGAACUAGGUUUGAUGCGAGCAGAACCUGUCUGGCAGGGGUUUGUCACGCAUACAAAUCAACUCAUCAUGAUAGGAGAUGGGAAGGUUUUGAAUGAGUGUGGAAGGCCACAGUUAGAUGAUAUUUGUAUGGAUGACAAUCAACAUGGUUCAGUUAGAUCGAUUGGUGUGGGAAUCAACAGUGAUGCUGCUGAUAUUGGAAGUGAAAUUCGGGAAAGUUUGGUUGGAGGCAGUAGUGAAGGGGAUGUAGAGUACUUUUGUGAUCAUGACACUGGAGUCGGGGGAUCCAGAUCUUCUCACCAUGUCUCAGACAAGAAAUAUGUUGACAAACAAAACAGGGAUAAGAAGAAACUUAAUAAAUAUGUGGUUGGAAGUGACCGAGACAUGCAUGCUCAAGGUAGAAGUCAUGCAGAUGGUGGGUUUUCAUUUCCCCCACCAUUGAGGAAUGAACAGUUGUUGCAGGCAGGCUCUAGUAAAUCUUUAUGGUCCGACAACUGCAAUGCGGUUGUCAGUGAAGAAACAAAUGAUCACUUGAAUGCUUUAACAGGGCCUGAUGACAUGAUCAGUACAUGGCAGCGGAAAAGCUGUGAUUCCUCAACUGUUAAAAGUUCUAGGGAUGAAAAUAAUACAAAUGCUGUGAGAUCAGCAAAUUCUAGUCCCUCUUCUCUCUCAAAUUAUGGUUAUACAGAACCAGAGCUUGCCAUGAAAGAAAGAGAUGAGAAGAUCGGUGGUGUGAGGGAAGAAGAUCCUGUGGCAUCCCUGGAGGAUGAAGAAGCUGCUGCCGUUCAAGAGCAAGUAAGGCAAAUCAAGGCUCAGGAGGAGGAAUUUGAAACUUUCAACCUUAAGAUUGUGCAUAGGAAAAACCGAACUGGCUUUGAGGAGGACAAGAACUUCCAUGGUGUUUUGAAUUCUGUGAUUGCUGGUCGUUAUCAUGUUACUGAGUAUCUUGGCUCAGCUGCUUUUAGUAAAGCUAUACAAGCACAUGAUCUGCACACAGGCAUGGAUGUUUGUGUGAAAAUUAUAAAAAACAACAAGGACUUCUUUGAUCAAAGUCUUGAUGAGAUAAAGCUUUUAAAGUAUGUCAACAAGCAUGAUCAUGCUGACAAGUACCACAUUCUCAGAUUGUAUGAUUAUUUCUACUACCGAGAGCAUUUGUUAAUCGUAUGUGAGCUUCUCAAGGCAAACCUAUAUGAGUUCCAUAAGUUCAAUAGAGAAUCAGGAGGGGAGGUAUACUUCACAAUGCCUCGAUUGCAGUCAAUUACCACUCAAUGUUUGGAGGCACUUCAGUUUUUGCAUGGCCUUGGUCUUAUACACUGUGAUUUAAAACCCGAGAAUAUAUUGGUGAAAAGCUAUAGUAGAUGUGAGGUGAAAGUCAUUGAUCUUGGGAGUAGCUGUUUUGAGACAGAUCAUCUGUGCUCCUAUGUUCAAUCCAGGUCGUAUCGUGCACCAGAAGUUAUCCUAGGACUUCCAUAUGAUAAGAAGAUAGAUGUUUGGUCACUUGGCUGCAUUUUGGCAGAACUUUGCACUGGAAAUGUCCUGUUCCAAAACGAUUCCCCAGCAACGUUACUGGCACGAGUUAUCGGAAUUAUAGGUCCCAUUGAUCAAAGCAUGCUAGCUAAAGGACGAGAUACAUACAAGUAUUUUACCAAGAAUCACAUGCUUUAUGAGCGGAAUCAGGAUACUAGCAGACUGGAAUACCUGAUUCCAAAAAAGACAUCCUUGAGGCACCGAUUGCCAAUGGGGGACCAAGGCUUCAUUGACUUUGUUUCUCAUUUACUUGAAGUAAACCCAAAGAAACGCCCUUCUGCAUCCGAGGCUCUGAAGCACCCUUGGCUAUCAUACCCUUAUGAACCCAUAUCAGCUUGAACUGACUGAAGAUUUUUCAUGGUGGUUGGAGGGAAGGAGCAACUGAUAUUGGUAAUAUAUUUAAAUUGAUCUGGAAAGUGGGCAUGCCACAUCGCAUAGCUGUAUGCAUUGAAAGGUGUGUUUGGUUUCCUUUGGUGAUAUCUCCCCUUCCCCUUGGCAAGUUGUAUUUUAAUUUCACCAUAAUUGUAAUUCUUCACGCACUGUGUAUUCUUAGGGAUUUUCUUUGUCCACUUUGUUUGAUCUGGUGGAAGAGGAAUCUUAAAAAUCUUGCUGUACAUGAUGGUGGCAAUUUUUUUUUAGGUUACUAGUAAUAGCAUGUGAAAAAAUAGCUGCUUAUCCAAUUUUGAUUGGCUUGCUCCAGACAAGAACUUCACUGCAGCAUCCCAUUUGAGUUUGAUGGAAGGCCAUUGAGAGCAUUCAGAAAUUUUUAGUUUGCUAAUGUUUGAUGCUUA